UGGCGGGAGUAUUCCCAGAAUUUCUCCAUUUCAGGCUCUUCGUCUCCCGCAAAACCCUUUGCUCUCCCAUUCCUCUCCCUCUCUCUGAAAAUGGUUUGCGGUCGCCGGAUAACAGCCUCGCAGGCCGGACAUGUCUGUGCGACGAUGGAAGAAGAACUCGGCGGUGGCUCGACCAUGUCGGGCGAUUCGUCUCCCGAGUCGGAGGUGAAACAACUGCGUGGACGUUGGGAAUUGGCCUCUGCUCUCAAUUUCUUAAAUGUCUUUGAACCAGUUAUCGCGGAUGAAUUGAAGCUAACGGCUGAGGAGAUUGAGACGGGUCUCAUCGAAUCCAACAAUACUAAUGCUCGGCUUCACAUUGCGCUUUUGAAGGGAAUACCGCCUGUCAGUAAAUCGCUUGAGGAUUCGGAUGCUUGGAUCACUGUGUUGUGUAAGAAACUCACCCCGUGGUGGCCAUGGAUUGCUGAGGGUGACAUGCCUAUAACCGCAAUGAAAGGGGAAGAGAUAUCGGAAUACCAAGGGCUUGACCCUACUAAUCGCCUAUACAUUUUGAAAGCACUUUGCGAGCUUCGAGCUGAACAAGAUGACGUGCUCUCGUAUAUCAAUGAUAAUGUGAAGCAAGGUACCCAAGUUUCGUUCUUUCGCAAGGAGAAGUUAGGAGGAGAUGGAAAGAAAAUUUCCUAUUGGUUUGAUGGUAAUGACAUCCAGGGCUAUAGAUUAUACAGGGAAGUCACUGAAACUAAUAGAAAGACUAACAGAAGGAGAAAUAAGUGCUUAGCGUUGUCUCCUGGAAGUUUCCACUGGGAAACAUUAGCAACCAAUCUUGAGGAAUUUUACAUCGUCUCGAAAGAACUCUCGUCAAGCAAAUCUUCUGCUUUGACUGCUACUGGCCAAAUGAUUGAGAACGAUGUCAUUCCCCUUGUGGAGAACCUUCAGAAAAAGAAAGAAAGGGUCUUGAAGAAGAAGAUGAAGCAAGAGAUGCUCGCCAAAGUGUCAGCAAAUAUAUGCUAUCCUACGCGCACUACCCGUCCUUGUCGUAAUCGCACGCCUGCUACGUACACCUUUGAUGAGUAUGACAGGAUGAUCAGCCAGGCUGUUGAAGAAACAGACGAAUCAGAUGGAGAUAAUGAGCAGAGAAGGAAGCGGAAGCCUGAGCAAGAAGAGGAUGAAGCACCUGAAACUGAUAGUGGCGAAGACUCGAAAGAAGGCUGCUACAAUGGAAGAAACAAUGAUGAAAGUUCUGAUAGGGACCAAAACCGAAAAACGAGUGCAAAAAACAGGUUGAGGCAGAGACCGACGAGGAACUCAGCCUUGUUGCAGUCUGUUGUGGUGCUUGACUCCGAGGAGGACGAAACUUAGGAAAAAAAACACAGUAACCAAGAGAAGGAGCAUGACGUUUUUUUGAAUCGGAAACUCCCAGCCUGAAGGAUCUCUCACAAUUCCCAGUUUCUUUUAUCCGCAGAUGGAACAAAAGGCAGCUUUGUGUUCAUUACUUUUUGAUGGAAAGGAAAUUAGAGUUUUGUUUUUGUUGCUGCAAAAGCCAGGGGGCGUAGGAGGAUGUUUAAAUAUUUGUAACAGUGUUUUUCCUUACCGGCAUUUAUAUAUAUCGCUAUUAAUUUCUAUGA